CAAGGGCCGCGCUGCUCACCCCGGCCGCACUCUGCCCCCGCCAGAAAAAACAUCGGGGCCUCCUGUUAGCGCGGAAGCUUCCCCCGAGAGCCUGCCUCGGUGGGCUGCGGCUCGGGCACCACCGAACCCGGCACGAGUUCGUAGCCCUGCUGCUGUGCCCCGCGAGCCAUCACCAUGUCCUGGCCUUUAAGAAAAGCUGCUGACGAAGAGUCCCUCUCCGGCUUCCCUGUAGGUCCCUUCGGAUACUGGAUACUACUCCAUCCAAUUGGGCACAGGCUGCAGCCGGGGCGGGUGGCUAUCUGCCCUUUGUUACCAGGUGGAAGCAGCGCAUACCAUCCUCCGGAACAGCAGCGAGCCCGGCGGGAGCAGCUCGUGACCGGCUAUCACCCUCCCCGCCUCCUCGGGCAGGGGUGCAUCUGUUCAUCCCCACUCUGGGGACACCUCCCCGCAAGGACCGGUGCAUCUUUCACCACCAGCACCACCAACCCCCUUGGGGUGGCUCGACGGGAGGGUGAUCGCUACCGACUCUCCGUUCCCAGAGCGGGGCCUUUGUUAACGGGGGGCGGCGGGGCGGGGGAAACAGGGGGGGUCUUCGGCAGCCGCACCCGCAGCACGGGCGCACGUAGCCCGGUCCGGCCCCCGCGCUGCCAUUCGACGGCGUCGCGGCGGGGCGGGCCCCCGCCCUACCCUCACGCGGCUAUAAAGGGCGGCGGAGAGGCGCUGCGCCACCUCCUCACUGCGCGCCGGGCGGUUCGGAGGCAGCAGGAACAUCCCGAAGCGGUAAAGAUGGUGAAAGUCGGAGUCAAUGGAUUUGGCCGCAUUGGCCGCCUGGUCACCCGGGCUGCCGUCCUCUCUGGCAAAGUCCAAGUGGUGGCCAUCAACGAUCCCUUCAUUGAUCUGAACUACAUGGUUUACAUGUUCAAAUAUGACUCUACUCACGGCCACUUCCGGGGCACUGUCAAGGCUGAGAAUGGGAAACUUGUCAUCAAUGGGAAUGCUAUCACCAUCUUCCAGGAGCGUGACCCCAGCAACAUCAAGUGGGCAGAUGCUGGUGCUGAAUAUGUUGUGGAGUCUACUGGUGUCUUCACCACCAUGGAGAAGGCUGGGGCUCACCUGAAGGGUGGUGCCAAGCGUGUGAUCAUCUCUGCCCCCUCUGCUGAUGCUCCCAUGUUUGUGAUGGGUGUCAACCAUGAGAAGUAUGACAAGUCCCUGAAAAUUGUCAGCAAUGCUUCCUGCACUACUAACUGCCUGGCGCCCUUGGCCAAGGUCAUCCAUGACAAUUUUGGCAUUGUGGAGGGUCUCAUGACCACUGUCCAUGCCAUCACAGCUACACAGAAGACAGUGGAUGGGCCCUCUGGGAAGCUCUGGAGGGAUGGCAGAGGUGCUGCUCAGAACAUUAUCCCAGCAUCUACUGGAGCUGCUAAAGCUGUGGGAAAAGUCAUUCCUGAGCUCAAUGGGAAACUUACUGGAAUGGCUUUCCGUGUGCCAACCCCUAAUGUCUCUGUUGUGGACCUGACCUGCCGUCUGGAAAAACCAGCAAAGUACGAUGACAUCAAGAGGGUAGUGAAGGCUGCUGCUGAUGGGCCCCUGAAGGGCAUCCUGGCAUACACAGAGGACCAGGUUGUCUCCUGUGACUUCAAUGGUGAUAGCCAUUCCUCCACCUUUGAUGCGGGUGCUGGCAUUGCACUGAACGACCAUUUUGUCAAGCUGGUUUCCUGGUAUGAUAAUGAAUAUGGAUACAGCAACCGUGUUGUGGACUUGAUGGUCCACAUGGCAUCCAAGGAGUAAGCCGAGCACACAGCCCCCCCUGCUGCCUAGGGAAGCAGGACUCUCCUUUGUUGGAGCCCCUGCCCUUGUUCACCACCGCUUAGCUCUGCAUCCUGCAGUGAGAGGCCAGUUCUGUUCCCUUGUCUCCCCCACUCCUCCAACUUCUCCCCGAGCCUGGGGGAGGUGGAGAGGCUGAUAGAAACUGAUCUGUUUGUGUACCACCUUACAUCAAUAAAAGUGAUCACCAUCUGAAAA